CUACAGGGCUGAUUACUCGAUCACUCCAUUGUGAUGACAAUCACACCCAUAUUCUUUAUUAUUUCUAAAUAUAGAUAACUGCCAUCUCCCGGCAUAAGAAGGAGUGACCCUAACGACAGCCCCUAUAAUAGUAGACAACACGUUUUAAAUCAGACUGGACUGAACGAAGAAAGAUCUUUCCACACAAGAGUGGAAGGGAUCCUUUAGAAAUAGUUCUUAGCUCCAAUCAAGCUUUCUCUGCUGUCUAGGAUCGUUAGUGCUAUAGUGGAGACACUUUUCUCAAAUAAGAAUGGUGGUCACAUUCCCUUUCUGGUGGUAGUCAUUGAGGAUCUCAAAAACAGGGAUCGCAAAAACGUGUCAAUAAUGACAACGCUGGGCGAAAAGGCUAAAGAAGAAAAACCUGUAGAUUUGAAUGCCACUUCCUUUGCUAAGAUAGCUAGAUUUGGAUGUCCAUUCCAUAAGGUAUAGCUGCAUCUGACACUGAGUAGAAGUUACUAGCAGGAUAGACAGGAAGCUCUGAAGGAUGUACAAUGCUUGGAGGGACAGAAGUUUCCAGAGAAAUGGUCUCUUUUGAUGGGCAUUUGUAGAUGAUGGUUGAUACUGCAAACAAUGCCUUCUUGACAGCUCUAGCAUCACCAGUUAUCUAUUAAGCAUAAAGAUACAUUAAAGAUAACAAUUAGCGGAAUAUAAGAAACAAAGAAUAGAUAUUGAAUAAAGAAAAAAAAGAGCAGAGCCUCAUAACCGUCCUAAUAGAGAUAAUACCACGUUCGUCUUGUUCUUUACGCCGAUCCAACUCGUGCUUUUUAGGAUGGAUUUCACACGGAAUCAAGGGAGGUGCGGGAUACGACCCAUAUCACAUUCCUGUGCCAUAGCUUGCAAAAUCAAAUAAAUCUAUCGAAGCUAGGGUGCCAGGCCUAUAAGAAUCAGAAGAACAAUCCACACUAAUGUAACCGUAAAGAAAUGGCGGCUCUAACAUAGAUUUUUCUCAAUAUGUCAUGUUGUUGAAAAAUCCUGUGGUAGCAUGGGAUGAUCGGCACUUUAGUUUUAGUUAUUGAUUUACGCAUCACGCAUUAACUAAUAUUUAUGGGGCUGGAGACUUCGCUAAAGCAUGCACAUAAAUAGAUGAAUGAGAGAUUACAAGGCAAGGAGAUACAGAUCUGGGGGUUGACUCAGAACUUGUACAUAGGUCAGCUCACUAAUGCUUAAUAACCAAUAAAUAGUCAAUCAAGAGAUAUGCACCAGCAAACAACAUUAUACUGAAAUAGUGUAUUAGGCGGCAAAUGGCACAGAAGAGUUUAGACGAUAGAUUCUCUACAACAGGUAGGGAUCGGGGGUUAUACGCUCUUUUCUAUAAACAAAGUAGGCUUGUGAUUGUCCGCAUCCAUCACUCAAUCAUGCAAUUCAAAGAAAUGGUUUACUUAUCUUCUUCUAAAGGAUGGAAUUGCUAGAUUGUCAGUAAUAUCAAUUGAGGAAGAAGCUAGUCCCACUUAAAUUCGAAAAGAAGACCUCUAUUGUGACAGAAGAUUCCUCGCCCACAGCAUCUCACUUAUUGAUUGUGACAUAGCUCUCUAUCUCCGCUCAUAAGAAGAUAGCGUUUCAUUCACUCGCUCUAGAAACCAUAGGAGCUACUAUUCCACAGUUUAUUAAGAAUGGGCACUCACUGGAUUCAGGCUUCCACCGUUCUAGCUUCUCUUCGUAGUUCACUAGAAUGUAUCGAGCAUGUUUAUCCGGAUCAGGAGGCUUUACAUAAAUUGCUACGAUUGCCAAGUCGAAAAAGAACUGGGCAUGAAAGUGAAAGUGGAAAGAGAAGGGAGCGUGAUUUGUUUCAAGAAUUGGAUGCCCUUGUUAAGGAAAUCUAGUAUAAAAGGAGAAAUUGGGCCUAUUUAUAACUUUUGGUACCUAACCACCUGAACUGGGAAUAAUGGCUAAAGAUUGAAGGUUCUAAGCCAUGUAUCAGAGCCGGUUAUUUGAGUAUCGAUGCUGUUGGAGUCUAGCUUCCGACCAAUCCACUUCACUUCGGAGGACAUAACAGCUUAAGAAGAAAUCGAGAUCAGGCCCGUGGAAAGCACACACACACGCCUGGGGAAUGAAUCCACUUUUGCAUUCUCAAUACUAGGGGGGGCUUCUCCGAUCGAUUGCUUUAACUGUUAUUCCCCAGAUUGGCGAAAUGACCUUUCGUCUUGCUUCCGUAAAAUAAUAAAAUGUGCUUUCGCCAGAAGAAGAAAAAAGAAGAUAGCUCAGUAAAUGGCAUUCAAGUAAAGUCGAGAAAGAGGCCUUGCUUUCGCACAGGAAGGAAAGAAUUGACUCGGGUAAGUAAGCCCUAUUGGGGGAUUAAGGGCUCGAGUACGAUUAGAGCGCCUUUUUUUCUGCUGCGCAGGCUGACCAUUUUAAAUAGGGGGAAACAGGAGACUGUAGAAGAUGAAUAUGGCUAGUCUACUGCUACUGUUUGAUUGGCAAUCCUUAGACUAUAGGGAUGAAGCAAAGGAGCAUAACCUACCUGCAACUAUGCUUUAAAGCAAAGAAAUCUAUCGAAAUUCUCAUUCCAGUCUGAGGGGAUAUCUGAAGCUACCGAUCCGGGAUCUCACUCAAAUCCAAACCUAGCACUUUUGUAUUUAUUGCUUCUCCUUUUAGAAGGUCCGUAGCCGAGUAGAAGAGAAGAAAAGAGAUUUCCUUAUCUGCAUGCCAGCUUUCAUUCCUACUUUUGAUGAAAGAAAGGUCAGUUGCUGCCGACAAGUCGACUAAACUUUCACAACUGUCACCUAUCUUUAAGCACCUUCUAGGCCGCUUCCCAACCUAAUGCAUUCAAGUCUGCCUUCGGUACUGGUACUUCGGAAUCAAGGGCCCAACAAGCGAUAUCAGGAGUCUUUGGCCGAAGAACUCGCGGAUAAGAAGGUUAUUCCAUAACUAUAUAAAAUCCAUAGUCACGCUCAGCAUGCGAAAGCUUGUAAAAAUGACAUCCCCUGCGAAAACCAAUAGGAUUUGUUGGGCCAUCGAACACUAGUUUCUGGUUUCUCAAGACCUUGAGGCAAGGGCAGUUACGCAACAUUUUCUCAAUAUUGAAUGUGCAUUUUUCCCGAAUUUUUUCGAUUCCACUUCUGUAUCAGAAAUUAGUGUCAAGGGAUGGAGUUCCUGUUUCGUUAACUAAGUCUCGCGUUGUUUGCUUGAGGAAGGGACGGCCGUAGCUCAAUUUCCAUUGCUAAUCUUACAUGUUCCCACGAACAAUAAAGAAAAGAAGAAAAGGCUAUUCCUUAGACACAGAGGUGGGAUUAAGGCGUCAUGCGGAACUCCAACAACAUAGACCAGAUGACUUAUUUAUUGAAAAUAGGUUUAGGAGCCUGAUCCUGGAGCUGAGCAAGCAUGGGCGCGAUCCACAUCGAGUGGAACUACUAUCACUAUAUCUGUGGAAGGAAGGUGGAACCUUCACCGAAUCAUAGUUAGGUGGCACCCAUUCCGCAGUGGGCCGACGUCACACUGCCGCUUCAAUAGCUAGCGGGUAAUAAUCAGAAAGUGAAUCAUCAACCACUCAUUUAGAAGCCGCUCAUGCAACAACGUUUAAGUAAAUCCUUCCGCCCUUAUUUUCUUUAGUCUAGUUGUUGGAGGAAAUGCGCCUUGAACACAUUACGUAUACUAGCUGAGCUUUGUCCCUAAUCGUGACUAGUUGUUAUUAGUUUCGAUCAAAUUUCCCCCCAGCCGGCAAUGCCUCAGCUUCUAAAAAUCUAGGAAGCUCUGAAAAAAAGUCAUCAUUAUGAAAAGAUACUAGCGCUACUAAUAAGGGAAGCGACUUUUUUCUAAGAAAGGAAUAAAGCAGAAAACUAAAGAAAGAGAUCUUAAGUGGGUCCCGCGAGUAGUUUGUCUUGUUUCAGUCCGUACAAGAAGAUACUUUCAGGGUUGCCCAAGAAGGGACGGGCCUAUCUAUUGGUGGUACUAGUUCCGCGGGAGGGGCAGGAUUUCGGUGCCGUCAGCAUGGGUCCGGCUAUCGAUCACAAGGGUCUAGAUACGGGUCUCGAACGGAAAAGUAUGCUACAUAUUGCUCUGCUCCAGUUCCCUCUGCUUACACCUGGUCAAUUCGUUGAUCGCCCCUUUUAUUUCUGAUUUUCAAAAGGGCCCCGCUCUCGUCUCUGCUGACGAAGCCUUUAUCUCUGUCUCUGUUAUCCUCGUACCUGCUGAUCUCUUCGACUGAUAGAGUCUAUGCUAUUGGUGAAGCUGGUUCUACCUCAACAACAGGAUCUGCAAAUGGAUUUUCAACUAACAGCCUCUGCUUCAAUUUGUGAUGAAAGGUCGACUAGUUUUCACCGAAUCUUCAAUUACGCACCGGUAACUUUUUUCCAUUUCCGAGGUCCAGAGGGGAAGACGAAGUACAGCCUAGUUCAGAGAGUCACGAUUGAAUCCAGGUUAAUUCAGCAGCAGCUAGAGCAAUACUCCGAUAUUGAUUUGAUUCUCCGCUACCCACCAAGGUAGAAGACUGCUUGAUCCGCAAAAGAAGUAUGCUUUAUUUGCUUAUAGAACAAAAGUAUACGCUUUUUCAGGGAAAGAUAGAUGGAAUAGGGCAUUCAGCAGUUUGAAGAGGUAGCCUUUUUCAGUAGCAGUCUUGUAAGCAAGCGCCGUACGUUCAAUCUAUACUGGCGAGAGUCUUUCCUCUUAUAAAGCCUGAGCGCGUUGCAUGACUUAAUGCCAGCUCUUUAUCAUACAUCUUCUGUAGAACCAAUAAAUAUAAGGGAUAUGUGUUAGCACAUCUUGUUCGUGCUCUGCACCACGUUUUUCCUGUAUACCGGCAGCUAGCAUCCCAUCAGUAACCUACGGGCGAGAUUUCUUGAGGGGGGCUGGCCAUGGUUUUUUAACCCACCCUUUCAUUCACUUAAGACCCAAAGCAGAAAAGGUUUGCAAUCCAUAUACAGGAAUUUGGUUCCACCGAAGUACAAGGACUAAACUGGUCGACUCCACCGCAGGGUGCGAGAUGUUGAGCUUCCUCGACGCCUACUCUGGGUAUCAGCAAGUCUAUAUGGCUGAGGAAGACAAAGAAAAAACGAGUUUGAUCGCCCCUUCCUUCUGCUACAAGCGGAUGCCCUUCGGUUUGAUAAAUGCCGGCGCCACAUUUAAGCGCCUAAUGAGCCUCAUCCUCAGGUCUCAGUUGGGUCGUAAUGCAGAAGUGUACGUUGACGACGCCGUCAUCAAAAGCCGCUUGGCAGGGACUCACCCCAAAAACACCUCUUUUUUUGCAUCUGCUGAGCAGAACCAAUUACCAGAUCCUACUUCUAAGCUCUAUGCUCUACUUCGGCCUUGCUCUCACUUAUGGGUAGGAAGGACAAUAAGCAGGAAUUCAUGUUGGCUAACUAUUCUAUCCAGGCGGAAGUUGUUUUCAUAGGAAAGACGGAAGGUUUUGCGCGUUGGUUGUAUCGAAUUUCCCUUUCUAAUAGCAUACACAAAUAGAUAAGAAAGUUACGACGAUGAUAAGGUAAAUGAAAACCUUUGAUUUACCUUACCAUCAGUUCUGUCUUAUCUCUGUGCCUCCUCUAGCCAUUUCAUAAUUGGAUAUCGUCAUUCAAAUCUGUUAUGACAACUGUUUGGUAAGCAGGGAUUCGAAUCAAACAAUAAAUACCAACUCUAAGUGUGAUGGAUAGUACCUGGUGCCUAAUUUCAUGGUAUCUUUCUUGGCGCCUACCACAGGAAAACCCCUCCUUCUUUUGGGAGGAAAUCAAAUGAGUAAAGGUUUCUGCCGACUCCCCUCAAGGAACCACUCACUACUCAACUUGAAACCACGGACCUACCUCCUGCUUUUUACUUUCUUCUUUGUCCCAAUUCAUAUCGAGCAUGUCUUUCUCCAUCUAUAGAUAGAGAGAAUAUAGGAUAGGGGCGCUCAAAGCAAAUAGGAUUCUGUAUCUAAUACUAAUAGGUACUAACCGCAUUCAAGAUUGACUUGACCUCUUAUUUUGGAUAGGCAGAAAUGCUUACGCCCUAGGGGUUUAAAGGGCCCACUCCCUUUGGUUGACUCAUCAGGCUCACCACCUUUUGGAGCUCAUCCAACAGUCAGUCUACUUAAUCAUAAUCAUAAUCAAUCCGUUGCUAUUGCUAUCUAUCGCCAUACCCACAAGAGGGUAAUUUAUCCAACUCCCCGUGCGAAAGCAAGUCCCGCGUCAGCAGUGAUUCGAGUUGUUCCUUGAGAGCAGGCUUAUGGCAUUCCAGGUAAACAUAACAAUAUGAGAGAGAACUCCGUUCGGCUUAUAAGUACUCGAUUGAACCAAUUGUUUUUUCAUUUCCCAGUAGGUCACCUUGGGCCAGCUGCUGACUUUCUAGAAAGAGACAAGGAAGUCGAUUCAACAUAAGGGAAGAAAGCAUAUUUUAGGUUUACUCCUUCCAUGUCUAGUAGGAGUGCGUGCUUCUUAUUGCCUUUUGAGCAGUAGUUGUAUACAUUCCUCACUCAGUCUAAUUAAUUAUCUUUCUCCCUACCCAAAUACCAAGGGAGGUUUAUGAGUCGUAUCCUCCUUACGAGAUAGCGGAAGUAGCAUUAGCGGGAAAAGUAAGCUCCUUUUCAAGCCUUCUCUUUCGUAACCUUUGAUUAGUUCCUUAGAUGCCCUUAGCAAGAAUGAUGCAGGAGCAAGAAAGUCUAUUUCCUCCGCCUUUCCAGAAUAUAGCUAUUCAAAUAGAACAGUAUAAAAUGCAAUCCAUAAGUCAUGCUGGUCAAUCAAUGACAAUGAUAAGCUCUAUAAAAAAAAAGAGUCUAUUGCUCUUCGACACGUUUUAUAUCUACUUCAGUCAUGCUUUAUUGGAGUUAUCUGACGCCAAGGAGGAAGGAAUAGAGAUUAGGAUCCUAGCCUUGUUCCGUUUGAAGUUCCUAAGAGAGGUUACAAAAGAAAGGGAUGCUCAAACCAAGGAUUUGGAGUCUUAUUAGUGCAUCAAUCUACAGAAAGGUAGGGGGGCAUACCUGUGUGAAAAUGGAGUGUAAAGCAUAUUCUAGAUAUUUCACUUCGAAUUUCUUCCUCUUAAAAGAGUCAAGUCCGCAGGGUUCCCUAAAUUCCCCAGGAAUCAAGUGGGACCGGGAGAUCGUUGUUCAUUCGGUGGUUGGCCCUCCCCCUAAUAAGUACCUACCAAGAAUUGGGCCAGUUAGUUCAAGCGGUACCGAAUCACAAAGAACAGUUGAGUUUUCUAAUUCAUCUAUUAUUCUAUUUUUUGCAUUUCUAGAAUAGCGUUGGAGCCGGGACACACAUUUCUGCCCGAGUUCCAACAGCAAACCAAAUACGUUAUCGUGGAAAACGAGUUUCGCCAACACAGAAGAGUUUGUGUGCUUUUUAUUUUCACAUGAGUUUCACAUAUGUGAUGGUUGGUUGGGAGGGUACGGCAAAUGACUCUAGAAUCUUUCUGGAUACAACCACUGAACCGGAAAAUGGCCACUAUCGUCACCGAGAAAAUACUAUCUUGUGGACUCAGGCUCUACGUUUAUGCCUUAAGGUCUUUCUCCUUACCGUGGGGAGCGGUACCACUUGCGUGAUUCUAGAGAAGAAGGCGGUGUCCCGACCACAAGGCGGUUAAAUUCCACUGGUGCUUGCUAGCCAGUCAAGAACGACUCGAAGACCGUGGGAAGGUCUUCACGCUACGCCGAAGACGACGAUGGCUCCAUACCGGGUGGUAAUACACAGGUAUAGGAUUUCCUGUAAUGAUGUGAAACUGUAUAUUUCAGAGAAAUAGCUCAGUUCGAGAGGAAGGCGGAAACAGUUCCGGUUUUAUUAACCUGAUUCCUAUUCAUUUACCGGUAAAGGAAGGAAUUCUUAUCUAUUUCUCGAGGCAAUUAUACUCAUAUCGACAAUAUGAACUGCAUGAGAAUUAGCAUAUAGAAAGAAAGCUUUACCGAAUACAGGUCUAGUAGGUAUAGAGCCGUAAGCGUGGUGGGGGUGCCGGUGCUUAGGCAGAUGCCCCAUUGUUCAUGAUGUUGCAAUGAAUCCAGUGGAUCAUCCUCAUGGAGGAGGUGAGGGGCGCACGAAAGGAGGUAGACCUUCGGUGUCACCUUGGGGAAAGCUCACCAAAGCAGGAUUUCGGGCAGUAGUAGGGGUGGUGAAACUUUAGAUGUCAAAUGCCACCAAUUUUUCUGCUCAAGUUAGAACGUAGUUUUUCGAAGUGAAUUGGCCAGUUCCUUUUAAAAGGAGACUGGUUUCUUUUUAUAAGCGAUUGGCUUCACUUUAGAUUUUUUAUCGUAAUUUCUCUUUGA